CGCCCCAUCCACAAGCCAUCACUGACGGCUGCAUAGAUGGCGGCGACCGUCGCUUCUGCGCGGUGGCAAGGACGAGCCGGCAUCCGUCCUCCUCAGCGGCGAGGUAGCAUUGCAGGACAUGGUAUAGAAGCGAUGGAAGUGGAUGGCCGCCUGCCAAACACAACUCGAUGUGGCGCCAAAAGCCUUACACUAAACAAGUUUACGCAAAUAGUGUGGUGCAAAGUCAGAGCUCGGUCGCGACGUGUCACGCGGUGGCACUUUUCUUGCGCUAAAGACAGCAAGCCGCCAUGAGUAGCUGGAUCUGGGGCGCCGACGAUACCGUGGACCAGGCCAACCUCGUCGUGCAGUCGCUCCAGAGCGAGCUCGACGAGCGCCAGGCGACGAUCGAAGCGCUAGAGCGCGCCCUGCGCCGGGAGAAGCAGCAGCACCUGCAGGAUCUGCGGGACGAGGUCGAGGAGCUGCGCCAGCGCCGCCAAGCGCUCGCCCGCGAGAUGCUUGAAGUCGAUGUACUACUUGCGAGCAAGGAGGCGUUCCUGAACGGCACACUGGAGAAGAAGCCCAAGUCGUCCAAGCCGAAGCCCGCAGCUGAGCCAGCGCCAUCGCCGCCGCCGAGCGAUGCACCGUCGACAAGCGUGCCCGAGCCGGAAGCCGAAGUCGCUCCUGCCGCAACGCCCGAAGCCACGCCGCUGCCGUGCAAUCCAGAGCUGACCAAAGUCCGCGGAGUCGACCCGUCGACCGCCUUUAUCAUCCAGCGAAGCAACAAUGCGAAUACCGUCGUGUACAAGGGCAAUCUCGGCAGCGCGUCGCGGCUCGACCCGAAGAACCCGCUGCACAUUUACUGGAUCAUGUACGCGCAGCAAGGCCCGCCGUACCCAACCGAAGAGCUCAACAUGAUUGAGCGCAACACUGCGUAUGGUGCAACAUGCUCACCUGGCGCCGCGCCCCACGAGUACGACGUGGCACUCGCGUCGCUCAAGGACCGCGCGAUCGUGCUCUUGCACGACGGCCACCACGUGCGCGCGCGGACGACGAUCAACGGCCGGCCAAACGUGUACCUCGAGCGCGUCUACGUGCAGUCGACCACGAGCUGGGGCCUCCCCAAGGUCGAGUUCGUCGAGAUCUUUGGCGUCGACCCCGCGACCAACGCGCUCGUGUACGAGAAGAAGCUACCGUAAACCUCUUGAAGCACUGGCGUCGUACGUGUCUGUAUGUCGCUCGUGCGCAGUCGCUGAGCACUGAUCUGGGCUUGACACUUUGCGGCAUGAGUUUCUGUGAGUAGGCUGGAUCGACACAGGACGAACAAAAUCAGAGUAAGCGCUUUAGCUGUGUCAAUAUUCCACGUACGGCGU